CCGCGGCGUCCUUCCCCGGAGGACCCGUGGACCCCCCUUCUGCAUCCCGGCAGCUCCGGGGAGGUGACGAGGGUGUCCGUGCCGUGAGACCGGAGGACGCAGGGUCUGGAAGAUGAAUAGAUUUGCCAUUUUCCACUGACUGGCAGCAAUGGCAUUCAUGGAAAGAGUCAAUAGCAGCAGCGGCGGCUUGUAUAAUGAAGGCAGAAACCUGCUUCGAAUUAGAGAGAAAGAAAGACGCAACCAAGAAGUUCACCAAGAGAAAGAGGCAUUUCCUGAAAAGACUCCUCUUUUUGGAGAGCCCUACAAGACAGCAAAAGGAGAUGAGCUGUCAAGUCGAAUACAGAACAUGUUGGGAGACUAUGAAGAAAUGAAGGAGUUCCUUAGCCCCAUGUCCCGCCCUCAGUGCUUGGAUGCUUCUGAGGACCGGUUGGGGAAGCCAAGAUAUCCUAUAUUUCCUGACAAGGGGAGCAGCAUUCCAUCAAACUCCUUCCACAUGCGUGCCCAGCACCAGCCCACUCACACUUCCACCCCCGGAUCUCUUCCUGCAAGUAACAGCCACAAUCCAAAGAUGGCGCCACCACGAGCAGAACCGUUGCCAAGUCUCCAUGCCAAAAGCUAUAGCCUGCAGGACAGCCAGCACCUGACCCAAGAUCGCCUUAAUCAGGACAGUUAUAGCUCCAGUCAUCACAAAAAAGGUGACCGCCAAGCUGAGGGAGACCACUGUGCUCUGGUGACAGACUUGGCUUCAGGGAGGGAACUUGCUCCCUUAAUCUCCUCUAUGCCCUCUCCAGUCCCCCCAUUAUCACCCGUACAUUCCAGCCAGCAAACUCUUCCUAGGCUGCAAGGAACCAGCAAGGUUCACAGCAGUAGCAGCAGCAGCAGCAGUAAAAGCUUCUGCCCGUCCAAAUCGCCCAAGGACCUGGUGGCGAAGGCCCGCGAUAAAGAGACUCUUGCUCAAGACAGUGUGGUGGCAGUUACCAGCCUUGGGGGAGCCCCUCCGCAGCCACCUCCUCAGACAUUUCCACCUUCCUCUCUUCCCUCAAAAAGCGUUGCAAUGCAGCAGAAGCCCACGGCAUAUGUCCGGCCCAUGGAUGGUCAGGAUCAGGCUCCAAGUGAGUCACCUGAGCUGAAACCUCCGCCAGAGGACUACCGUCAGCAGUCCUUUGAGAAAACAGACUUAAAAGUGCCCGCCAAAGCCAAGCUCAGCAGACUGAAGAUGCCGUCACAGCCGGGCGAGCAGACCUAUUCUAAUGAAGUCCAUUGUGUUGAAGAGAUUCUGAAGGAAAUGACCCAUUCAUGGCCUCCUCCCUUGACAGCAAUACACACACCUAGUACAGCUGAGCCAUCCAAAUUCCCUUUCCCCACAAAGGAUUCUCAACACAUCAGUUCUGCAACCCUAAACCAAAAACAGUAUGACGCACCUUCCAAAACCCACCCUCAUUCUCAGCAAGGAACGUCCAUGCUCGAGGACGACCUUCAGCUCAGUGACAGUGAGGAUAGCGACGGCGAGCAGACCCCAGAGAAGCCUCCUGCCUCAUCUGCACCUCCAAGUGCUCCACAGUCACUUCCGGAACCAGUGGCCUCUGCACAUGCCAGUAGCGCAGAGUCUGAGAGCACGAGUGACUCGGACAGCUCCUCCGACUCCGAGAGCGAGAGCAGCUCCAGCGACAGUGAGGAGAACGAGCCCCCAGAAGCCCCUGCUCCCGAGCCUGAGCCUCCAACAACAAACAAAUGGCAGCUGGACAACUGGUUAACCAAAGUCAGCCAGCCGGCUGCGCCUCCAGAGUGUCGGGGCCUCACAGAGUCCCCACACUGGUGUCAAGAGAAUAAAGGUGGCAGUGUCAGCAGCAGUGGCCAGGAGCAUCCUGAAUCCAAAGACCCUCCCCUCAAGAGCUCCAGCAAAGCCCCCCGGGGGCCCUCUGAGGGCCCCCACCCUGGGAAGAGAAGCUGCCAGAAGUCCCCUGCACAGCAGGAGCCUCCACCUCGGCAAACUACAGGAACCAAACAGCCCAGAAAACCCGCCAAGGCCUUGGGCCAGGUGGAGCCUCGAGCCAGCCUGCAGGUGGAGAGUGAGCCAGGAUCUCAGGAUGCCUCUGGCUUGAAGGAGCAGACUUCCAAAGACAAGCCCAAGGUGAAGACGAAAGGAAGACCACGUGCUGCGGGCAGCCAGGAGCCCAAGCUCACAGCGCCCACGCCCGCUCCCGCUCCCACGCCCACCCCCAGUGACAAGAGGAAGCACAAGAGCUCCCUCCCCGCAUCCUCCAAGGUGCUCUCAGGCCCCGAACCCCCGAAGGACAAUGUAGGAGACAGGAGCCUGGAGUCCUUUGCUCUUGUGCCCCUGACUCAGAGUCGGGGUCCACCCCACAGUGGCGGCGGCAGGACUAGUGGCUGCAGACAGGCCGUGGUAAUCCAGGAGAACAGCCGCAAGGACAAACUCCCAUUGCCUUUGAGAGACACCUCAGUGCUCUCGCCGCUCAGGGACGCUCCGGCCCCCACGAGCUUGGUGGUGAAGAUAACCCUGGACCUGCUCACCUGGGUACCCCAGCCACCAGGGAAGGGGAGCCGCCCAAAGAAACCCGAGGACAAGCAGACGCCUCCAGGGAAGAAGCACGAGGCCGAGAAGAGAAGCUCUGACACCUCCAGCAAGGUGGCCAAGAAGAGAAAGAGUGAAGCAGAAAGAGAUGAUGGUAGCAAGAAAAUCAGACUGGAGAAAGAAGUCAAGUCACAGUCGUCUUCAUCAUCAUCCCACAAAGAAUCUUCCAAAACAAAGACACCGAGGCCCUCCUCAGAGUCCUCAAAAAAGGAAAUGCUUCCCCCUCCACCUGUGCCAUCUUCAUCCUCGUCAUCCUCAUCAUCCUCUUCCUCCCAGAAGCCAUCCAAGCCUGCACACAAGAGGUCCAGGCGGGAAGCAGACACCUGUGGCCAGGAACCCCCGAAAAGUGCCAGCAGUACCAAGAGCAGCCAUAAAGAUCCUUCCGUUCCCAAGCACAGAAAAGUACCAGGGAGGGGCACUGGAGGCUGCUCUGAACACAAAGGACCUUCUGGAGAAACUGCAGAUCCUUUCCCAGUGCCUUCUUUGCCAAAUGGUAACUCCAAACCAGGGAAGCCUCAAGUGAAGUGUGACAAACCACAAGCUGAUUUUCUCAUGAAGGAGGCUAAAAAGUUGAAGUACAAAGCAGAAUCAAUGACAGAUAAGGUUGGAAAGGCCUUUAAGUACUUGGAAGCCAUCCUGUCCUCUAUUGAGUGUGGAAUCGCCUUAGAGUCGGAAAGCCUGGCAUCUAAGUCGGCUUACGCUAUGUACUCUGAAACUGUAGAACUCAUUAAGUUGACAUUGUCAUUAAAAUCCUUCUCAGAUGCCACAAUACCAACACAAGAGAAAAUUUUCACUGUUUUAUGUUUACGUUGCCAGUCCCUCUUGAACAUGGCGAUGUUCCGCUGUAAAAAAGACAUAGCAAUAAAGUAUUCUCGCACUCUUAAUGAACACUUCAAGAGCUCUUCCAAAGUGGUACAAACCCCUUCUCCAUGCAUUACAAGGAGCACAGGUGCACCGUCCCCCCUCUCGCCAAUGCCUUCUCCUGCCAGCUCCAUAGGGUCCCAAUCAAGUGCUGGCAAUAUGGGGAGCAGCGGGGCGACUGUCACCAUUAGCACCCCAGUCACCAUCCAGAAUAUGACCUCCACCUAUGUCACCAUCACAUCCCAUGUCCUCACCGCCUUUGACCUUUGGGAACAGGCUGAGGUUCUUACAAGGAAGAAUAAAGAUUUUUUUGCUCAGCUCAGCACAAAAGUGUGCACCUUGGCUCUGCACAGCAGCUUGGUGGACCUGGUGCAGUACACGAGACAGGGUUUGCAGCGUCUGAAACACACACUGAAGACACCCUAACAGAAGGCCAGGCUCAUGCAGUGUGUGCGUCGGAAACAUUUUUUGCACAAUUGGAGGCCUCGAUACAGUUAGACAUGUGUCUCAUCAGGACAUCAAAUUCGAGAAGGGGAGCACCAUGAGAUAGCCGGAAUGCCUGUGUCCUGAAAGUCAGGAGCUGCGUGAUCAUUGUCGGACGCUGUGGAUAUGCAGAAGCAGAGAUGGCGGUCAGCCCCAGAGAAGAUCCUGCCUUUCCUAACGGAUGGAAGUGCAAUGGAACCUAAUGGGUGUAUGAAUGGUCUAGAAACAUUUCUUUUUCUUUUUCUCUUUUUCUUUUUUUGGUAAAACAAACAAUAGGAUGCAGGUUGCAAAGGAAAUGAAGCAAUUUCAACUUUAAGCAGUGAUUUUUGGUGAAUGGUUUUGUGGGUCAAUAUUUUCUUGUAAGGUCUCAAGGCCACCUUGGUUUAAUAGAUUCUAAUGGCCAUCACUGAGCUGAAGUUGUGGAGGAGUCCACCUUGGCUUUGGCACAUAAUCUCUUUUAUAGGAGUGAAGGAAGGCCACAGGUCAGCAGUGUGGGGCAGCCGCUUUGGAGCCAGACUCCUCAGGACCUCCCUCACUCCCCAGUGCACUUCCUCCCCAGAAGCGUCUGACUAGCAAGGCACCUGGACUGUGUGCACUUGGUGGGGGUUGGGGGGGCGUCAGGUUUUUCCUGACUAGAUGGCUAGAUUGCUUUGCGGCCUUUGUGGAAGUAGAGCUGGGAUUUGAGGCAUUCAUCAGAGGUCUACAGUUACAUGGUGACUUGUGAGUCUAGCCAACUCAGAGUUUUGUCAAUGAACAAAGAAAAAUGAAAUCUUCAUAGAGAGGCUAUAUUUUUCUGCUACAAAUUAUUUUAUAUUUAUAGCAAAACUAGACUUUGCAAGCCCUUGAUUGUCCAAGGGAAGUUCAUUCCCUGAGAAAAUGUGUAGGUUCAGGGAAAUGAAGUUAACUUUUUUAAAAAAAAGUACCACACACUUUCAUUUCAGAGUUCUCAGGCAGUGAGGUUUGAUUAGCUGAAAAGGACCUGUGGCCUUCCCUUAAGUUAUUUCUAUACUGUGUACAUUAAAGCAAGUUUAUUUUGAGUGACUAAAAACUUCAAAGGAAUAUAAUCAGGGUUUCCAUAUGCCCAUAAGCACAAAUUUUCUUUUUCACUGAAACUUUGAAAAUUAUUAUUGGAAAUACUGAGUUCAUUGUGUGUAUGCAUAGUUUGUUUCUUUUAUUUGUUUUUGUUUUUGUUUUGUUGAGGCAGAGUCUCAAUCUAGCCUAGACUGACCUGGAAUUUAUCCUAUAGUCCCAGGCUGGCCUUGAACUCACGGUGAUCUUCCUACCUCUGCCUCCUGAGUGCUGGGAGUAAAGGUGUGCGCCACCAUGCCGGGCUGAGUAUAGUAAUUUUAAAAGCCCAAUUUAAAAGUAAUUUUCUUGUCCCAUCUAGAGUUAGAAUUUGCACAUGUGUUAAAAUUGAAGUGUGAGUGUUCUGAUUGGUUUUUCUCUCCCUUUACUCCCAUCUGUUUCUCCCAUGUUGUUUUCCUACCUUGCAAGCCUGCUUCACAUUGUCAUAAUUAUCUAUCAGUGGAGAAGGAAGAAACAUCUUAUUUAUGUGGAGAUGCCCAAAGUCAUUGCCAUGAUGGAUGUAAUAAACUCCUGGUAGUUUGGUAAAUAUACAAAGGGAUGUGUAGCAGGCAGGAAUGAUGCUUGUUUUUCACAGCGUGAAUUGUUUGGACAUUGGGACAUUGUUCUUUGGGUCUUUCAUCCUGGCUAGGUUAAAGCUAGGGAAUGGCCACUGUGUAACUUAUCUGAGCAUUGGACUUUUGUGUGUGAUCGUGACAGAGCAGUUUUCUUGAUUGAUGUUCUAAAGUAAAGUACUAGUUUAAAACCCUGUUGUUAAAGAGAGUAGUCGCCUGGUUUGUAUGUGUGGCAUUGUGUGUGCACCAGAAUUGGGCUUGUGAGGUUCUUCAAGAUCUUUGUCCUUCCCCCAGUGGCUGUCCCUUCAUUUGCUGCAUUACUCUCUGAAACAAGGUGCCUGCCAGUGGUGGUGGGUUAUGUUCUUGGUGACAGCCUCUCAUCUAUGCAGACUGCGCCAGAGUGUGUGUGUCCCAUCAGCGAGCAACGCAGAUCCCUUGAGUGGACACAUGUACAAGCGAACUCUGCCCAGUGCUCACAGGGCAGACAGCCACUGUGCAGUGACCUUACCCUGUGCGUGUGUUUUCCCUAUAGCAGUUUAAUCUGCCCCGUGACAUCUAGUGAAUUUGGGCAGAUCACUUGGUACUAUGCUGGUCUGUAGGUAUUGGUAAUUUCUUACUACAACUCUGAUUUUACCUAAGAAAGAGUCCCUGUGGCUGCCUUCUUAAUGGAGACGGUAAAAGGCAGCUGCUGAUGAAUUGCUCAUGCUCCUGUGGACUUUGCACUGUUCCACUUGUACAGAAAUCUGAAGGGGUUUUAAACCUUUUGCAACGUUCAUGGUAUGCUUACAGUUCCCAAAGGCAGAAUUUGUACUGAGCUCUAUGACUUGAGAGAACUAUAAAUUUACACUUUGAGUAUGUGAAGUUCUCCUAAGAAUAGUAAUACUGCUUCAUGGAGAGAUGGGCAAAAAGCUUCUGAGGAGUGAAAAUAGUAUAAAUCUUGCCUUUGCCACAUCAGAAGGAUAUGUGUGUGUGCAUGUGCCCACAUGUAACAGGAAAUAAAACAUACUCGUUUUAUUUUAAAAGUGUUGAAUAUUCUUCUGUUUGGAAAUAAUUAAAAUAUCAGUCAGUGUAUUUGAGAGCCCUGAUAAAUGAGAACCACUUUACUGAAAUCAGUUAUGCUUGUCUCAGAUUGUGAAAGUAGACGCCAUGUGGUUUCAAAGGUGAGGGAAGAGAGAGCCUAGGAAGCACUUCUCGGUGAUCAAUUGAGUCAUGAUUAGCAAUACUGAGGCAUCUGAAGUUUGGUUUUUGAGGUAGGGUCUCACUCUAGCCCAGGCUAACCUGGACUGUGGAGUCUCAGGCUGUCCUCAAACUCACAGUGAUCCUCCUACCUCUGCCUUCCGAGUGCUGGGAUU